AUGAGACAGUUUGCUAAGAGUGUGCCCGCUCCAAACAAUGAGUUGCUAUGGUGGUAACCUAGUAAUAGGACUCCACCAGGGCAUUAAAGAGCUGAGGAAACGCCUCAGGCUGGCAACAGAACAGGGAAAACUCGCCGCUUGUUGUGGUGGAAGGAUAACAUACUCAUUAACUGUCAAGCUAAUCGCUCUGCUAUUCUAGUCUGA